UUACAUCCCAAGCCAUUCCCCUCUAUCUCCACUGUUCUUCAUUUUCUUCUUUCUCUUUCUCUCUCUUAGAGGAAAACAGAACCAAGCCUUAACCUUUCUCACUCUUUUCUCUGUUUCCUUCGUUUUUCCGGCGACUUUCUACCGGAAUCGUACCGGCGGUGGUCUUCUAAGAAGUGGGUUUUCCUUGAAAUGUUGAAAUUUGAAUGAAACCCAACAUUUUUCAUCAUUUGAGUUCUCAAAUUUAGCCUUGAAAAACUUCAAAAACCGUAGUUUGUUGGAGUGUAAUUCUUGUUUCCCUUCCACCUGUGUCCUGUCUUGUGUUUGCUUUGCCAAAAGGAUCUCUUUGUUUUAAGCUACAUUUUGGCUUCUCUCUUUUUACCUUUUCAUCUCUGCAACUCUGCUAAGUAAGAAUGGAGGUUUUGAACUACUGAAAAGAAAGAAAGGGGAAGAUGAACAUGAAAAAUCUGUCAAGUUUAAUGUUAUUUUGGGUGGUUCUUUUGCUUGUUCCUUCUUUCCCGGUAAGAUCUUUAAGCCCAUCUUUGAACGAUGAUGUUUUGGGACUAAUAGUUUUCAAAGCGGACAUUCAAGAUCCAAGCCAAAAGCUUUCGUCUUGGAAUGAAGAUGACGACACUCCUUGUAACUGGUUUGGUGUCAAAUGUAACCCAAGGUCGAGCCGUGUUACCGAGCUCAACCUUGACGGGUUCACUCUUUCGGGUCGGAUCGGUCGUGGCCUUUUGCAGCUCAAGUUCUUGAGGAAGCUUUCUUUAGCGAGAAACAAUCUCAGUGGGACUAUAAGCCCCAACUUGGCAAAGCUUGAAAGUCUGAGAAUCAUUGACUUGAGUGAGAAUUCUCUUUCGGGUUUUAUCCCUGAUGACUUUUUCAAACAAUGUGGUUCUUUGAGGUCCAUUUCUUUAGCUAAUAACCGGUUCUCGGGUAAGAUUCCUGUCAGUUUAGGCUCUUGCGCUACUCUUGCUGAUAUUAACUUGUCCUGGAAUCAGCUUUCUGGGUCUUUGCCUGCUGGGAUAUGGGGUUUGAAUGGUUUAAGGUCAUUGGAUUUGUCUGGUAACUUGUUGGAAGGAGAGAUUCCUAAAGGGAUUGAGGCUUUGAAUAAUUUAAGGUCCAUUAACUUGAGUAAGAAUAGGUUCACUGGGCAGGUUCCUGAUGGGAUUGGGAGUUGUUUAUUGUUGAGGUCAAUUGAUCUUAGCAUGAAUUUACUUUCAGGGUCAGUUCCAAACACAAUACAAAAGCUUAGCCUGUGUAGUUAUCUCAAUUUGAGCAUGAAUUCUUUUGUUGGUGAGGUCCCUGAAUGGAUAGGAGAAAUGAAAAAUCUUGAGACUUUGGAUUUCUCUAUGAAUAAGUUUUCUGGUCAAGUUCCUGAGUCUAUAGGAAGCCUUAAUUUGUUGAAGGUGUUAAAUUUCUCUGCUAAUGGUUUAAAUGGAAGUUUGCCUGCAUCUAUGGAAAACAAUGUGAAUCUUUUGGCGUUGGAUUUUAGCCAGAAUUUGAUGACCGGUGAUCUUCCUGGAUGGAUUUUCAAGUCGGGUCUGAAUGAAGUCUCGCUUUCAGAGAAUAAGCUUGGUGUAAAUUCGAGCAAUCCCAUUUCAGCUUCACCAAGAACCUCCCUUCAAAAGAUUCAAGUCUUGGAUUUAUCUCACAAUUCGUUUUCUGGGGAAUUAACAUACGAUAUUGGGGUUUUAAGCAGCUUGCAGUUCUUGAACCUGUCGAGGAACUCUCUCAUUGGGCCUGUUCCAGGAACUGUUGGAGAAUUGAAGGCUUUGGAUGUUCUUGAUUUGAGUCAUAAUCAGCUUAAUGGAAGCAUUCCUAUGGAAAUUGGAGGAGCUUUCUCCUUGAAGGAUCUGAGGCUCAAUGCUAAUUUCCUAGGUGGAAAAAUUCCUACAUCAAUUGAGAACUGCACCUCGCUAUAUACUUUGAUCAUAUCACAAAACAACCUGAGUGGCCCAAUACCUGCUGAAAUUGGAAAACUGAACAACCUAGAAAACGUGGACCUGUCUUACAACAACCUUGCUGGAACCCUACCCAAGCAAUUGGCCAAUCUACCCCACCUCUUAUCCUUCAAUAUUUCCCACAACAAUUUACAGGGAGAACUGCCUGCUGGUGGAUUUUUUAACACCAUAUCGCCCACGGCUGUCUCUGGGAAUCCAUCACUUUGUGGCUCUGCAGUUAACAAAUCUUGCCCUGCUGUUCUUCCUAAACCCAUUGUGUUAAAUCCUAACUCCUCUUCUGAUUCCAUUUCCGAGGAAUUUCCUACGACUGUCGGUCAUAAGAGGAUAAUUCUCAGUAUCUCUGCCCUCAUUGCUAUUGGUGCAGCUGCUGUAAUUGUUGUUGGAGUCAUUGCCAUCACUGUUCUUAAUCUCCGUGUCAGGUCAUCAACAUCCCGGUCUGCAGCCGCCCUUACUUUUUCUGCCGGGGAUGACUUUAGCCAUUCCCCUACUACAGACGCCAAUUCUGGAAAACUUGUCAUGUUUUCUGGCGAGCCUGACUUCAGCACAGGUGCACAUGCUCUUUUCACCAAGGACUGUGAACUUGGGCGUGGUGGUUUUGGAGCUGUGUAUAGAACAGUUUUGCGAGACGGGCGCUCAGUGGCGAUCAAGAAGCUCACGGUAUCAAGUCUCGUCAAAUCCCAAGAAGAAUUUGAAAGGGAAGUGAAAAAACUUGGGAAAAUACAGCACUCAAAUCUUGUCGCUCUUGAAGGCUAUUACUGGACACCGUCACUGCAGCUUCUCAUUUAUGAAUUUGUUUCUGGUGGAAGUCUGUACAAACACCUUCAUGAAGGAUCGGUUGGAAAUUAUCUUUCUUGGAAUGACAGGUUCAGUAUCAUUCUAGGGACAGCGAAAAGCUUGGCUCACUUGCACCAAUCUAACAUUAUUCAUUACAAUAUAAAGUCAAGCAAUGUCCUUAUUGAUGGCUCAGGUGAACCUAAACUUGGAGAUUAUGGCCUAGCAAGGUUGCUCCCUAUGCUAGAUCGCUAUGUUUUAAGUAGCAAGAUUCAGAGUGCACUUGGCUACAUGGCCCCUGAGUUUGCCUGCCGAACAGUGAAAAUAAACGAGAAAUGUGAUGUGUAUGGAUUUGGUGUUUUGGUUUUGGAAGUGGUUACCGGGAAGAGGCCUGUUGAGUACAUGGAAGAUGAUGUGGUGGUGCUUUGUGACAUGGUCCGAGGAGCAUUGGAAGAAGGCAGGGUGGAGGAAUGCGUUGACGGAAGGCUGCAAGGAAAAUUCCCAGCCGAGGAGGCAAUUCCAGUGAUGAAACUAGGCUUAAUCUGCACGUCACAAGUACCAUCGAACCGUCCGGAUAUGGGAGAGGUAGUUAACAUAUUGGAAUUGAUCAGAUGCCCCUCAGAAGGCCAAGAAGAUUUGGGAUGAUUUUAACUUGAAUACUUUAAGGAAACCGAAAGCUUCAUAAGGGGUUAUCCGGCGAAGAAGAAUCCGGUUUGUUGAUUUGAUCAAAGAGAAGAAAUAUUUGUUUGUUGUGGAAUCCUUUUAUCCCUUGUAUUUGUUUCAUCUUUUGAGUUACCAGCUUUCCUUUUUGUGAUUUCUUCUCAAUGUUAUAGUUAGGUUUGCCGGAUUCCUUUUCACCGGGUUCCAUUUCCGGGACCCCUUCGGAUAUUGUUGUUACUCAGUUCGCUAAUCUGCAGUCUCUUUUGCAAUUUUUUGUUCA